GCCCUUUUCUUUAAUUAAUUGGUGUUGUAAGACUGGUUCAUUGGACUUUUUCAAGUACAAAGCAGUCACACUGAUUAGUUACAGAAUCCUUGGUUAGAAACUUAGAAUACAAUAGGUCACUUUCUUAAUAUGGAUUGCAUCCCAGAGCUUUUACCAUGGACCAUAGUCUAGCGGAUUAUGGCUUGCUUUCCUUCCUCAUAUAUUUACAAUUCCAGAUCAUUUGAGAUUGAUGAGUCAGGAACGUUGCCAUUUCGUUGAACGGGUUCUUAAACAUCUUGUCAAAGUUCAAACACAAAUCAUCAUCUUCUGAGCCUUAUACCAACAAAGUUCAAACACAACUGCAUUGCUUAAAUUUUUUAUUUAUUUUUGAUAAAGUUAACUGUUUCAUUGAAGAAUGAAUGAAGUAAAUACAAGUAUUGGGAGCGUCCCUUACAAAAAAUUGGGAGCUACCAGAACCCUGACGGGCAAGGUAAUCCCUUUACAUGAAAGAAAAAACCAGUCCAGUCCUGUGACAACAAUGGGUUGGCUUAGCAAAAAUGGUGAGAGGGUUUAUAUAACACCCUAUUUACAACAUAAAUACCAGUGGUGAGCUAGAAAAGAGAGAGAGACCCUGCAGCUAACUUUGAGGAGGUCCAAGACUGUUUGUAAGAUCGGCUCCGUCAUUGGCCAUGAGAUCUGCGAACGCGUUGGACGUCCAGAAGGUAUGCCUCCAAGAGACGUGGAUAUCCCUGCAAAUGAAUUCAAUCUCAUCAAAGAUCGAAGCUAUAUACCAGGGUGGUUUAGACUUUCCAAAUUCCCAAGAUAUAAUGUUGUAUGCGCCCCCUUCAGCUAUCAAGUGGGAUCCUCAAGAGGGAUUAAAGCGCUUGAGCCCUAUCAACAGUGCCAUCGCUUCAGCAUGUUGUGACUGUAUGGCCAAGGGCUGUCACCUUGGCGCAAAGAACCCACAUACUACAGGAUACCUUUCUGCAUUCUAAUACGUGCAGAUUAUUCCAGGAGGCGACAGAGAAAGAGCCCAACAUCUAAGUCCAAGGGUCCAACCCAUCCUGCCUCUAAGGGGUUCUACCGGGGUCCUAUGCCAUUGUCACAGGCCAAAACAAGUGGUCAAAAGAAGGUUCAAAUCGUCAAGGAAGAAGAAGAGGACCCUGAUAUUUCAAAUUCAAGUGAAAAUGUCGACAGUCUAGAGGAGAUGGUGCAAGCUUCUUGUGAGAGCAAUUCCUAUCUUGGUCACAACAAGAGGACACAUGAAAUCAAAGAAAAUGGCAGUGAAACCUUGGGGACUGAAUCUGUGGUGAUGGAUGGAGAGAAAACAAGGCUUGUUACCAAUUCUAAAGACGUUGAGGACGUGGAGGAAAUAGGUGGUGAGAUUGGAAGUAGAGGGAAACAGGUUGAUACAAAGCUUGACAGUGAACAAAUUAUAGGUCGAGGAGAUAAGGGAGGGGAUGAGAAGCCAGGCAUGGGAGGGGCAUCUGAAGAAACAAAUUUGAGGGCUCAGGAAAUGGCACACAAGCGGCUGCUUGCUGAUCUUGCAGACGAGAACCGCUUAAAUGGAAAUAAAGUGUUUACAUACCCUAAAGUGGCAAAAUCAAAUCAAGAUAUUGAAGUCUUUCUGGACAGAAGCAUGACCUCUUUGGGAAAUGAAUCAAACCUUUAUAUAAUGGGAGCAUUUAAUGAUUGGAGAUGGAAAUCUUUUACCAAGGAGCUGAGCAAAAUGGAUUUUCCAGGGGAUUGGUGGUCUUGCCGAGUUCACAUUCCAAAGGAAGCAUACAAGAUGGAUUUUGUGUUCUUAAAUGGGAGAGAUAUAUAUGAGAAUAAUAACUCCAAGGAUUUUGAAGUACCAGUUGAAGGUGGCAUGGACACCUUUGCUUUUGAGGAUUUUUUACUUGAGGAGAGGAGAAGGGAGCUUGAGAAACUUGCAGCAGAGCAAGCUGCGAAGGAAAGGAAAGCAGCUGAGCAACGCCGACUAGAGGAAGAGAAGGCUGCUAAUGAUGAAGAUAAAGCACAAGCAAAGAUUGAGGUGGAGAAGAGGAGAGAAAAGAUAAACCAUAUAAAGCAUAAGGCUGUUCUGUCUGUUGAUAAUUUGUGGUCUAUGGAACCUUUUGAGUUCAAAGGUGGGGACAAGGUUAGAUUAUAUUACAACUGUGCCUCUCGUCCGGUUGCUCAUUCCAAAGAGGUAUGGAUUCAUGGGGGUUAUAAUAAUUGGCAGGGAGGUAUAUCGAUUGUUGAAAUCCUAUCCACUGCUGGAAUAGAAGAUGGCGACUGGUGGUAUGCGUACGUCAUAGUACCAGAUGGUGCUCUACUUCUGGACUGGGUUUUUGCUGAUGGGCCUCCAGGGAGUGCUGGUGUAUAUGACAAUAAUGACUUUCAGGAUUUUCAUGCAAUUGUACCAAGAGCCACACCUGAAGGUCUUUAUUGGGCUGAAGAAGAGCAUCGAAUCUAUAGGGAACUGCAGCAAGAAAGGAAGCUGAGAGAAGAUGCAAAACGUGCAAAGGCGGAGAGAACUGCUGUUAUGAAAACUGAAACUAAGGAGAAAACAAGAAAAAUCUUCCUACUGUCACAGAGGAAUAUAGUUUGUACUGAGCCACUUGAUGUCCAAGCAGGCAGACCAGUGACAGUUUUUUAUAAUCCUUCCAAUACAGUUUUGAGUGGGAAACCAGAGGUCUGGUUUAAGUGCUCAUUCAAUCGCUGGGCGCAUCGUCUGGGUCCUCUACCACCUCAGAAAAUGAUUGCUGUUGAUGGUGGCUCCCAUGUGAAAGCAACAGUUAAGGUUCCUCUUGAUGCUUAUAUGAUGGACUUUGUCUUUUGUGAGAGGGAGGAUGGUGGGGCUUAUGACAACAAAAAUGGCAUGGACUACCAUAUUCCUGUCGUUGGGGGGGUUAUGAAAGAGCCCCCAAUGCAUGUUGUUCAUGUAGCUGUUGAAAUGGCACCUAUUGCAAAGGUUGGGGGUCUGGGAGAUGUUGUGACAAGUCUUUCUCGUGCUGUUCAGGACUUGGGACAUGCUGUUGAUAUAAUUCUUCCAAAAUAUGAUUGUUUAAAUCUUAGCAAGGUGAAAGACUUCAGAUUCCAUUCUGAAUAUUCUUGGGGGGGUUGUCAAAUCAAAGUUUGGUUUGGGAAGGUCGAGAGUCUUUCUGUGUACUUCAUAGAGCCCCAAAAUGGAAUGUUCUGGGCUGGUUGUAUCUAUGGAUGUAGGACUGAUGGUGACAGAUUUGCCUUCUUCUGCCAUGCGGCACUUGAAUUUCUAGUUCAGAGUGACUUUCAGCCUGAUAUUGUACAUUGCCACGACUGGUCAAGUGCACCUGUUUCAUGGUUAAUUAAGGACAAUUACAAGCAUUAUGGUCUCAGCAAUGCACGAGUUGUUUUCACAAUUCAUAACCUUGAGUUUGGCACCAAUUUGAUCAGCAAAGCGAUGGCAUAUGCAGAUAAGGCUACAACGGUUUCGUUUACGUACUCAAAAGAAGUUUCAAUGAAUCCUGCCAUUGCCCCUCACCUCCACAAGUUUCAUGGUAUUCUUAAUGGGAUAGAUCCAGAUAUCUGGGAUCCAUUUAAUGAUCCUUUUAUACCUAUGUCUUACACUUCAGACAAUGUUGUGGAAGGGAAAAGGGCUGCUAAGGAUGCCUUACAGCAACUGCUUGGCUUAAAGAAAUCUGAUCACCCUUUAGUAGGUAUCAUUACCCGUUUGACUGUUCAGAAAGGUAUUCACCUUAUCAAACAUGCUAUUUGGCGAACCCUUGAACGUAAUGGACAGGUUGUUUUGCUUGGUUCAGCUCCAGAUCCCCGCAUACAAGGGGAAUUUAGUGACUUAGCAAAUCAGUUACAUAACAUUCAUGGGGACCGUGCUCGCCUUUGUUUGACCUAUGAUGAACCUCUUUCUCACUUGAUUUAUGCAGGUGCAGAUUUCACUUUAGUUCCUUCACUUUUUGAACCAUGUGGGUUAACUCAAUUGGUAGCCAUGCGUUAUGGAUCCAUCCCCGUUGUUCGUAAGACAGGAGGACUUUAUGAUACUGUAUUUGAUGUUGACCAUGACAAACAGCGAGCGCAAGUACAAGGUCUUGAACCUAAUGGCUUCAAUUUUGAUGGAGCUGAUUUUGCUGGGGUUGAUUAUGCUCUCAAUAGAGCAAUUUCCAUCUGGUAUGAAUCUCGUGAUUGGUUUUACUCUCUUUGCAAGCGUGUGAUGGAGCAAGAUUGGUCUUGGAACCGUCCAGCCUUGGACUAUAUGGAGCUCUACCAUGCAGCCCGUAAAGAUUGACACCACGAAGUAGAAGACCUUGAGCAUGGCAAGGCACGCAUGUUCAUAUGUGUUUACUUGUACAGGGCAUUCAAUUUAUUAAGAGUAUUUCUUAUGCAUCGGCCAACUGAUAAGAGUUGCUGUACCCCCAUCAUCAAUUUAAUAAAAUGCUGGGUGUCUGCAAAUUGUUUAAAGGAAGAUUGAGGGAAGAAGGGAGAUGAGAGAUGCAUAGGCAUGCUUGCAGAACUGUGCAAAUGAGAGAGGCAUAGGCAUGCUUGCAGAACUGUGCAAAUUUUUCUUGCCAUUCCAUUUUAUUUAUUUUUUGUACAGAGCACUGAAUAAUAGUAAUUGUCCAACUUGUUUGGUUGCUCGAUUGGUGACUGAAA